CCAGUCAGAGGGUCAGACAGGCAGACACAGCACAGUCAGUCAUCACGACAGUCAUCCAGUCCAACAACCAGGCCAGUCAGCCUGAGUGAUUGUGGACCAGUCAGUCAGUUGAACUCAAAGGGGCUGGGAUGAUUACCUGGUUGAGGAGACAUAACGAUGCCUGAUAGGAUAAUGACCAGCGAACACCCGGCUAACACAGAAGGAACACGCUCUCAGGAGAAGGGUCCGGGGGCGGGGCUAGCAGGCGAGGAGGAGGAGUCUGCCAGUGAUGAGGAGGACCUGCCGGUGGUGGAGACGCCCUCCAGCUGUUACAUCAGCAGCCUGGCCAUCAGUGGCAGCUACAUCCAGGAGCCCUCCCACCCCAACGUCCCCACCUCCCAAACCCCCCUCCCCGACUCCCACACCUCCGGCUCCAACCUGCCCCCUGCCCCCCAUGUCUCCACCGGUUCCCCCCUGGCCUCCUACCCCCGCCUUCCCGCCCUGGUCCCCCCAGUCGUCCCGCUGGCCCAGAGACAUCACCCCGGCACGGCCCCCGCCAUCAUCAAGGUCCAGCCCUUCAUCCACGGGGACAGUGCUGUUUUCUCUUCCCUUGUGGAGACAAAGUCGUUGCGAGGUUACGUAGUGCACCACUGGAGGGCGCUGUUAGUGCUGCUGGGACUGGUCUUGGCACUGAUCCUGAUCCUGGGGAUAGGACUGGGAGUGGGACUGGGCUGUUCUGGGAAGUUCCGCUGUACCUCCUCCCAGGUGUGUGUGCACCAGAGCUCCCUCUGUGACGCGGUCAAAGAUUGUCCUCAUGGAGACGAUGAGCUCAACUGUGUGCGUGUGAGUGGGCGUGGUUCAGUGCUCCAGGUCUGCAGUAAGGGGGCGUGGUGGACUGUGUGUUCUACAGGUGGAAACUCCUCCUCCCUGGGACACGCUGCCUGCAGACAGCUGGGAUACGACAGUUACAGCAGCUACAGUUCCCUCCCCCUCUCCUCUGUGGAACCCUUCCUCCAGACUGGCCUGGUAUUGGUCAACCUCAACCUGCUCACCCUCCAACCCUCCAUCAGCAUCCAGAACCCCACCCUCCUCAGUAAGACCCAAUGCAGUUCUGGAAAUGUGACCACACUUAGCUGCCUGGAUUGUAGUCUCAGGCCCAGGCUAGAGUCUCGUAUUGUCGGGGGGGCAGCGUCCCCCCCUGGACACCUCCCCUGGAUGGCCAGCCUGCACCACAAGCACACACCCACCUGUGGGGCAGCGGUCAUCACACACACCUGGAUACUGACUGCUGCUCACUGUGUCUAUGGAUUUGAUGACCCCGGACAGUGGGUGGUGUAUGUUGGAUUGACAGCCCAGCCAAUUAAUGGAGCGGGGUCUCUCUCUGUGAAGAGGAUAGUCUAUCAUGCCCUCUACCGCCCCCGCAGGACAGAGUAUGACAUUGCACUCAUCAGGCUGGAGCAACCCCUCAGCUUCAACGGCCUGGUGAAGCCCAUCUGUCUGCCCAAUCACGGUGAGCAGUUAGAGGAGGGGCGAAGCUGCCAGAUCUCUGGCUGGGGGGCCACACAGAUUGGAGGGGAGCCCAGCGUGCUGCUCCAGUCUGCCCAGGUACAGGUGCUCUCCAGCACGCUGUGUGAAGCCCCCUCCUCCCCCUGGAGCCUCUGUGCCGGACAUACACCAACCGGACCACACUCCUGCCUGGGGGACAACGGGGGUCCGCUGGCCUGUGAGGGGGAGUCUGUGUGGAAGGUGUGGGGGGUGUUAGGCUGGAGCUAUGGCUGUGGAGAGAACAGAACAGGAGAGCUAUACACACAGGUGCUGUAUGCCCUACCCUGGAUACACACCUUCAUGGAGGGAUAAGUGACAGGGGACCUGAAGUCCAGUUGACACGUUCUCUACAGACCGACAGGAUGUUGAGGAUGUACGUUACCAAAGCAACACGUCUCACCUGGGACAUAGUGUUACUGAUGCAGACAUACAUGGAUGUCAGCGUGUGUGUUUAUCAGGCCAUCACCAUGACUAACUGAUAGUGGCUGUUUGUACAGAACCAGGAAGUAA